CAGGAAGAAGAAGCAGAAGAAGAAGAUUCGCUAACAAUAUACGGGAGACUUCCGCGAGAGCUGGGAUGUCAAUAUUGGGUAAAACUAGAACGGUAACGUGUUGAUCGGUUACAGACAACCACUUGGCGUUUCGACAUAUGCCACUAGUUUGGGAUGUCCAGGCCACCGUUUGUUUAUUUUGGCGGUUUUCCUCACAUGACAGGAAGCAGUAAGCAACAAACAGUGUAUCAGCAAAAUGUGAAAAGGAAGCUGAAAUGAGCACAACUAGACUCGUACUGUAGUGUCUCAGUAUUGAUUUCGUUGUGUCCACAGACUGCUUUUUGGUAGACACAGAAGUUAAUUCCCUGAGGAUGUCUGCUACCCAGAAGUGUCAGUCCACUCUUGUGCACAACCUUGCCACAUUGUUGCGGAAUAAUGGUGAUUCUGUGUUGGAUGGCUCAAGCACUCUGACUCUGCAGGUGACUUGCAUACAGCAUCUGACACAUCUCUUUGAACAGUACCUGAUCUCACGCACACACCAGCAUGGCUUCCUGGCUUUGCCAUCACACCCAGCCGAUACCACCUCACUGCUCCAGGUGCAGUUCCUCUUUGACAUGCUACAGAAGACCAUCUCGUUAAAGCUUGUCCAUCCACCUGGCCCAAGACUGCAAUCCAUUGUGAAAAUUUUUCCCUUCAAGUCCCUCAAGCACUUAGAGCUGAAAAGAAUUCCUCCUCAUUGUCUGGAAGGGCUACGUUCUGUCUACUUUCAGUUGGAGGUCUUCAUCUGCUCUAAAAGUCUCAACACUUUGGAGGAGUUAUUGUUACUCUGUGGAGGAGAUCUCAGCACUGCCUUGCCUUGGUUAGAACUUCACACUCUGAACUUCAGCUACAACUCUAUUUCCUCUCUUGAUGAAUCCCUGAGUUUGUUGAAUGUCCUGAAGACACUGGAUUUAAGCCAUAACAAGAUCCAGGAAUGUGCUGAAUUCCUGAAGUAUUUUUGUUUCCAGCCACUCUGCGAGCUCGAACAUCUCAAUCUUGCCUACAACAACUUGCAGAGGGUACCAGAGCUCGGCCUGAACACUAGCACAGGACUGGUCACUUUGGUGCUCAGACACAAUGAACUGGAGAGCAUUAAUGGAGUGGAGCACUUAUCUUCUCUUCAGUGUCUUGACCUAUCCUACAACCUGCUAACGGAGCACACUCAACUAGCUCCACUCUCCCUUCUGCAUAAUCUCAAUAUGUUAAAUCUAGAAGGCAACCCUCUGUACUUCCAAAAAACACACAGAAACUCAACCAUGUAUCACCUUUCUCCACGAGCUGCUUUCCGAGGACUUCAGCUGGAUAGUUCUACAUUGUCUUCCACUGAGCUUGCAGUCUUUGCAAAACCCAGGCAGAUAAUACAGCAGAUGUCCCAAAAACAUCAAGUUGCCAUGGCACCUGAGCAAACUGUACAGGACAUGUCAAGUGGAGGAGGGGAGUUGAGUGACAGCUUGUCUAUCAGUGAAUUGGCAGCAAGUCGAGCUUACAGGAGAAAAUCCAAGCAUAAGGUGAAGGUCAGGACAGCUAGCAUCUCAGAACCCAGUGAUACAGAGCCAAGAUCAUCAUCUUUGCAAGACAUCAUCCUGUGCCACCAGAAGGACAUUGAGAAGUUGGACAGCUUCCGGGACCAGAUGGGUGAGGACUGGCUACGCUACCAGCAUCAUCUUCAUGGAUUGCCAUCCCUUGUGUCUGGCCCCAGGGUGGACAGGCUUGUAGCACAGGUGAUUGCUGAAAACCACUGCACCCCUUCACCUCCACCAACCAAAACUGAUGGCUCCCUGCCCAGAUUAGACUCUCUCCCUGUCCCACUGCUGUCCUCUGAGUCAAAAAGAGAAGAGGAAGAGAUCUUGGGCGUUCAGCCUGAGACUGAAUCUACCCUGCAAUGGACAGGCCACAGCUUUGUAGACAUAGAGUCUACCUUAGAGAAUCUUGGAGACCCACAGCCUUCAGAGAAGGCCUACCCUGAUCCAACCUUUGGAGGAGAAGAAGAAGAGGACCUUGGAGUGGACCUGUGUAGGCCUAUGCUGGUCAGGGUGCUCUCUGAGAUUGAGGAUUUUAACAACAGAAUGGAGUCAGAGCCGCUGUUCCUGAGAGUGCAUCAGGCUUAUAUUUUGGAGGUGGACAUGCACCAGGGCUGUGUCAGGAGCCGAUUUGAGCUGAACAGCUUGCGGCAGGUCACCACCUUUCAAGCCACCUGGACAGAGAAGGGCAAGGAGUGCUCUCACCCAGCUCUAGAAUUGCGCUUUAGCUACAUUAGUCACGAAAGACAGAAACGACGCUACCUCAUGCUGGAUGAUGAUCCUCAAGAAGCCUUGCAGGUUUUGCUGGAGUUGCUCUCUAAGGUAGCAGAGGAGAAUGAGCAGCAGGCAGAAAAUGAAAAAACAGCAGCUGUUCAGCUCCAGUGUCUAAAGUGCCAAGCUGAAUUUUUCCAGCCUCCAUGUAAAAAUCUGAUGAGGGCCUCAUCUGAACCAGAUGACGGAUAUCAAUACAAGGCAGAGAAGACGCACAUUGCUGAUGAUGCUGUGUUUUGCCCAGAAUGCAACAGUGAUCAUGUGAUCCAGCUAGCUGGCCAAACAGCUCCUUCCACAAGUACGCCAGUCCCCUGUAGUUUUGGUCAGAAUGGUGACAGAUGCUUCAAAUUUGAUUAUAUUGACACUCAGAAGCCCUUGAUCCAGUGUGAAUCUCAUCACAGUCCCAUCCAUGUAAGAAAGUCCUCUACACUGCAUGAAGGGACAACAGAUACCUUCCUCACUGCCCGGUGCGACCUGUUUAACAGUGUAUCCAGUCAGAUUGAGGACCCCAACCAUCUGAUUAGCUUACACUCAUCUGACAGCCAAGUGCUCAGUGACAAGGAAGAGGAUGGGCUUGCUCAAAGCUGUAGUGGCUCUCAGUGGAUUGUGAACGACCAAUUGCCUCAACACACACAAGGAUAUGGUCAUGAUAUGCUUUCUGAAGAUUUUGAAACUGUCGACCACCGGUUGAAGCUCUUCCUGGAUGUGGAAGUUUUUGAGGGAGAAGAAGAGACUAUUUGCUUCCUGAAAAUGUCUGUUGUGAAAUUUGGAGAGCCAGUAGAAUUCCCAUCUCUCAUGGUUGUGUCCAAUCAGCGCAUCUACAUCCUAGAAAUGAUCUCUCAGGCAAAAGGGCAUCCCUCAGAAUGGCUGCAGAAGAGGAGCAGCCAUCGACUGUGUGAGCUCAGCUACCUGGAGGUAGGUCUCGGUUCACAAAGCAUCCACAUGGAGUUUGAUAUGAACGCUGCUGCGUACACACUUUUGGUUCGCGACAGUGCUCGGUGCGAACACUUCUUCAACCGACUGACAGAAAUAGCAAGGGAAUCUGCCCCAAGGUCUGACAGCAAGCUUAAGACCAUCUCAACCACACGACUGAAUCCCAAACACCAUCUGUGGCCCCUGGUUUGUGAGGGCAGUAAGACACGCAAUGACGAAGACAACCAUCCUCCAUUUUUUUACCUGCUGGCCUUCCUCAAGCUAGGUGACUCUUUGACUUCAGUGACUGUUCUGGCCACUCAAGAAACACUUUUCCUCCUUGAUGAAGAUCACCAAUGGAGUAAGAGCUUACCCAGUCUCACAGCCAAUGAGGAGGCACAAACCACCAGCGGGCAGGUCACCGUUCUCGAAAUGCAACCUAUCAGCUAUGUCAGCUCUAUCCUUCUGUUCUCAUCUGAUCCAUGCUGUCUGGACAUUCAGCUUUAUGAUGAGCUGGCCAAAGAGGAGAAAACAUGGCCUUUAAGGGCUGAGGCUGAGAAGGAGAUCCAAGGUUUAGUGAACUGGAUCAAAGACCAGUGGGAGGCCAUGUUUGGGGUCAAACUCAUCACUGCUAUUCAGAAAUGACAUUGUUCAUCUACUGUUAUAUUUUCUACUGUUGCACUGUUCUCAGUCUUUUUAUGAGCACAUCAGUUUUUUUUUGCACUGUCUACUUGGGUUCUCCCACAUAUUUUAUCUGUGUAUUAUCUAAUUAUUUUCUGUGUAUUAUUAAUGAUAAUGUUGCUUAUUGUUCUAUGACAUCAGGAAUAUUCUCUUUGUUGCUGCAAAGAUGACUUCAGUAGCCAUGUAUGUACAUAACUAAUCAAAGUGCCUUGGUUGCCACAUGGGAAAAUGCAUUGCAACCCAAGACACUUUAUUCAGAGGGUAAUUUAUUCUGUUAUGAAUAAAGGCUGUAUUGCAAUCCACUAUUCAUAACAGUUAGGAUUGGGAUGUAUGUUUUCAGUGGUUAAUUCUUGUGAUCUGUGAGGUAUAGUGUUGUAUGAGUAUUUGAUUUCUUCUGUUUUUAUGUAUAUCUCAUACUGAAUUGUUUCAGAAAUUAAAACUAAAUAUAACGUAA